UAAUACUUAAGACUCAUAAGCGAUCUAUAAAGAACUUGCGCUAUUUCUCCCAGUGCAGGCAGAAGAUCUCUCACCAAGUGGACAGGUGAUCGCCAUGCGCGGGUUCUCAGUCGCCUGAGAGCCAUGUAAUCACACUUGCCAACGCUGUAGCACUACGCGGGUCUAGAAUCACUCUCUAUUUUGCAGCCCAAGUGAAAGCACUUCAUGUAAAUCCGAUCGAGCUGAACCGUAUUACGUAUUAGGAACUGGGAACUACAACCCAAGUGCCCUGCAAGUGACUUCCCAAAAACUCCAUGCCAUUGGAGCCCCAGUAGGCGGUUCAAAUAGUUGCAAUUCCCAAGGCCCCGGAUACCGAAUUCCCUGGAAAUGAUGCUGUGUCGCUUGGCUCGGGGUUUUGGAAUGGCGCUGUCGAGGAGGAGCUACUACUCGACGGCCCGGCGAAGGCGACUGCUGGCCAUGAACUGCACCUCCUUUGCGUGCCAGCAGAUGCCCAGGAGCUAUACGCUAGACAACGGGCCCAAGGUGAAGUCAGAUCAUCGCUCUGGAACCAUGGUGGAGGUGGCUCGCGUCAUUCGAGAGCAAUCCGGCGUGGACGUGGGCUACCAUACUGUUCCCAAGCCCCGGGAUCAUCUGCUGCAGCACCAGCCGAAGCGAGAGGAGCUACCACCAAGAACUAUGCUGGAUUCCCAUACCACUGCCAUUCUGCCCCUGAGCUCCAGUGAGCUAAUCCGCGAGAGCUACGUGAAUCACCUGGGAAGGGUGAGGUUGGGCAGGAUUAUGGAGGAAUUGGACAUGUUUGCUGUGUGGAUCUGCCAUCGUCAUGUGAAGCUGCCCAAACUACCGAAAGGAGUGCCAUUGCCUUACACUUUUGUCACGCUGCUGGUCGACAAGGUGGAGUUCACCAACCUGGAGCGGUUGCAGGUCAACCAGGACAUCGAGAUCAGUGGUCACAUCUCGUGGGCGGGGCGGAGUUCCAUGGAGAUUACCAUCUAUGUGAAGCAGUUGGCCCAUGGCGAAUAUAUUGAUGUAACGAAAGCAAUCUUUGUGAUGGUGGCCAGAAAUGCCACCAACACGGGAGCGGCUCCCAUUAAUCCUAUAGAGGUUGGUGAUGAAACCGAGAAGCUCAUUUGGGAGCAGGCGGAGAAGCGGCAGAAGGUGCGCAAGUCUUCUGCCAUGGAUUCUGUGUUCAACUCGCCGCCCAGGGAACACGAACAGUCACUCAUGUACGAGAUCCUUAAGAGAACCACUCCAGCCAACAGCAUGGAUCUCAAUAAGCGUGUCCUGCCACCGAAAUGCCGCUGGAUGGAGGACUCUAUGCAGUCCACCAUGAUUGCUCCGUUUCCGGAGAACAGAAAUGCGCAGAACACCAUCUUCGGAGGCUACCUCAUGCGCCAAGCCGUCGAAAUCAGCUUCAUAAUGGCCAGCAUCUACCUGGGCGAUCGGCCCAUCCUCAAGUGCAUCUCGGACAUCAGUUUUAUGCACCCAGUGCAUGUGGAUCGGUUCCUCCAGCUCACCGCCCACGUGGUAUACGCCACCCAAAACUACGUACAGCUGAUGACCGUGGCGCAGAUUUGGGAUGCCAAGAGCGGCAAAGUGCAGACCACGAAUGUCUUCUACUUGACCUAUCAGGCGGACAAGGUCCUGGACGAAGUCCUCCCGCGAUCCUACCGAGAGAUGUUGUGGUACGUCCAUGGCAGGCGGAAACUCCUGGCCGCACUGCACUUGCAGCCGGAGUACCCCGAUCCUAUCGAGGAGAACAAAGAGAGCUCAAAUAUUAUCAGCACUUAGAAUUAGCGCCAAGAUAAGUUGAAGUUGUAGUUGACCCAAAUAUGUUAAAUCGAUGUAAUUAUAACAUCAUAGUUGUUACUUUAUAAUUUGUAGGAAUAUAAAUGAAAUAAAAUUGUAGAAAAACAGAA